GUCCUUCGUGAUUCAUCAGAAAGCAUGGCAGAAUUUGUUGAUCGGAAUCGCCAAUCUUUGUCCAUGUUAAGUGCCGUGCUUCUUAGUCUCGGCAUGGAGGAAAAAGAUAAAAGGGAAGAAGAAAACGAACGCAAGAAAGAGAGGUACCCACCCAAACCCUAGCCUCCCUAGAGCAUUUUCGGCUGCCGCCGUCGUUGCCUAAGUUGCGCCGCCAUACCCAUCAACUGGUGCCAUGGAUGCAAGUGAGCAGGUCCAGACCUCUGCUUUUGACAGUUAAGCCUGCAGUGUUUGCCACUGCAGUGGGCAUGGCAACGCUCCUACAUUUUUUGCUAUUGGCAUUCAACAUCAUUUCAGUGAAGAGCCUCUCAGUUGUUUCUGGUGGUGACAAGUCCAUUUUCUCAAAGAAUGAAAAUGCUCGUGCAGUCAUAAUAGUUUCUAGUCAGAAAACUCUUCCUGUAUUGGUUGCUGUGGUCGAGCAGCUCCACGGAGCACUAGGCGAGCCUGGACUUUUGGUCCUACCCUGCGUUGCUGCGCAUAUUAUACAGAUUAUCAUUGAUUCGUUUAUUGUAAACCUAUGGCUGAGGAAGGAUCAAAUGUCUGCUGCGACAAAAGAAUUUUAGAGCCUUCAUAACUACUCCAAAAAUUGAUCUGCAUACUAAAACUGAUUGCCUUGAUUUUUAAGCUCAUACUUCUUUUAGAUGACCUUUGUUAACGUUGUCAGGCUGUGCGUUGUUUAUGAUUACUUUGUAUGAAUGUUUAUGCCUAAAUCCUCAUCUCCAA